UUCAGCGCGUGACAACAGCUUCCGGGGUUGGUGACCAUCAGCCUGUUAGCAGGAGACAGGAGAAAGGUGAGUGUGUGUGUGGAUGUAGUGUCAGCAGAGCGCCGUGAUGCCCCUGGAGGUGAGAUGGCCGUUCCCUCAAUGCCCCGCUCUGCCGUGGAGGGUCUCCAGCUCGCUGAUCAUGGGCAUGGUGGGCUCCUACUCCUACUUCUGGACCAAGUACAUGAACUGUCUGACGGUCCACAACCACGAGGUUCUGUUGAACCUGGUUGACCAGAGGCCUUCGGACACGCCCCUCAUCACUCUAUCCAACCACCAGUCCUGUAUGGAUGAUCCGCACAUCUGGGGCGUCCUGAGGCUCAGGCAGCUGUGGAACUUCAAAAAGAUGCGAUGGACACCUACAGCAUCUGACAUCUGCUUCACUAAAGAGCUGCACUCCAGGUUCUUCAGCCGAGGGAAGUGUGUUCCCGUCUGCAGAGGUGAUGGCGUUUACCAGAAAGGAAUGGACUUUAUUCUGGAGAAGCUGAACAAAGGAGAGUGGGUGCACGUCUUUCCAGAAGGCAAAAUCAACAUGACGGAGGAAUUCAUACGUUUAAAGUGGGGUGUUGGUCGGCUGAUAGCGGAGUGCUCGCUUAAUCCGAUAAUCCUGCCGCUCUGGCACGUGGGUUUGAGCGACGUGCUGCCCAACGUGGAGCCCUACAUUCCUCGCACGGGCAAGAGAAUCACCGUCCUCGUGGGGAAACCGUUCAGUGUCAAAGAUCUCGUUGAAACCCUCCGAGCUGAAAACAAGAGCCAGUUGGAAAUGAGGAAGACCCUGACGGAUUUCGUCCAGGUGGAGUUUCGGAGCCUGAAAGCCCAGGCCGAGGCCCUGCACAAGCAGGUAGAGACCAGAUCCUGAGUCCUAGCCGUCCUGCGUUUGCCUGCAGACACUGGUCCUUCACACAUCAGCCCUGAGGAUAACACCCCAUGUACAGAGAAGCUCCCACACCUCCACACGGAGACAUCACUGAGCCUCAGUGUUUCGCUGACAGUCGUAAACGAACAUUUCUGUAACUUUGGAUGCAACAAACUCAUUUUGUAAUUCAGUUAUUGCUUCAAAAUCAGGUUGGUCCACUGCACACCUAAACAGGACGAGUAGCACUGCAGAUGUAUGAAUGAUUGAUUACAUAUGAAUACAUGGUUUCUCUGGGACCCUUUAGAACCAGAAGCCCUCAGGAGAAUUUCUUUUACCUCCUUGGUAUCAGAAGGCAUUUUGAUUUUGAUGAUUCAGCUUUUCAUGUCAUCCAACUUUGAAGUCCAGAGCAGCAGCAGAAGCUGGUGUUGAGUCUGAGGAGGAGAGAGGAGGUCGGGUGAUGGGUGGGCGAGUGAAGGGGCCACCUCAUGACCUUUGUGUGUUUGGAGGGGGGAGGGUGCGGUGAACAAUAGCCUUGAACUUUGUUUUUCUUCUUACUGGUGAAACACACAAUAGAUCUCAAAAAGGGCAGCAAACCAAGACUAGUUAACCAAGUCCCAGUUACUAGGGUGAGCACCUGGUGACUGCCUGGCAACCACCAGUCACUAUGUAUGAAUAAGUAUUUCCGCCAGGCUCUAAGUGACAAGGAGGUUUCACCUAGCAACAGACAGCAGCUGCUCACCGACGGGUCAUGGAGUGCACGUUUUAUCUGGUAACUUGUCAGUGUGGGAGAAAUGAUCCUGCUCUGAUCGGGCUCUGCACCAGCUGAAUGCUUUUCUCAGUUUUGCUGAAUUGUUCAAUUUUGAUGAUCUGUUUAAUAACCAGUUCUUUUUUUCUUUAAGAUGUAAAGCUGCUGUUGUUUAAACUACUAAAUAUUAGUACUCAUCAUGCUCCUCUGUGCAUGAGGAAGUCAAAGUGCUGCAUGCCAGAUGUUUGCAGCUGUUAUCAGAAAGAUGCUCAGGCAGUAAAUGAUUGAGGUAAUCGCACUGUUAUGUUUGAUCAUUGGAUUGCUCCUUGCUGUUUUUCAGUCAUCUCUUAGUUGUGUUGAUAAUUUUCUUUUUCAAUCAAAGUUUUCCUGUUAAUCCUAAAACCCCUGAAUGCUGCCCCAUCACCGAUGUACAUAACUUAUUUUAUCACAGAGGACAAAAAGGAUUUUAUAAGGGACAAAAUCUGUGCUAAUUUUAUAAGUGUAUCGCCUUAAUGUGAUUGCCACUCUUUCCUAUACUUGAUGUGAAGUCCAAUAAAGAA